AUGGACCAAAAUGGACGCCAGGCCAUCCAGGUGGUCAUCAACGGCCAUAACCAGAUGCACCAACCUUAUGGCUCCAAUAUGCAGUUCCAAAACCAGCCACGGUCAUUGUCGGUGGACGAAGCACUGCAAUACUCAUCCAUGUCCAGCGCGCCCGUAUUUGGUCUCGAUUGCAUCAUUCGCCCCGAUGUUGGUCGACCCUCGAAUACUACUUCUAUAAAUCAUGUCCUCCAAGAAGGCCGCAAAACACUCGGUGAACUUGAUUUGGAGAUACAAGCUGGACAGAGUGAGUCUAGUCGCCUCGAGACAUCGAGAGAGUAUAUUCAGCAGCUGUUAGAUGGGGAACAGUUGACAGAAUUUAAAUUCAAGCUACCUCGCAUUUCGAACCACAGUCAACAAUUGCGCCCAAAUGACUUUAAUGAUACACCCUCGGGUCGUGAUAGCCUUGGCUCUUUUGCACGCAUGAUGCUCGACUCUACGGACAUUGCAUUCAGAUAUCCCGAAUCAGGCUCCAAAAGCAAAGCCGAUGCCAAAGAACUCAUUCCAAAUUCCGCAUUUUCGAACAACCAGCGCGCAUACCUGGCGAAUAAAUCAAAACCGGCCUCUUUUUCGGCUUCUUUUGAACAAAAUCCCCCUUCUACACCAAGCCAGUUGUCAGUGGUGAUUCCACAAAAACCAGUACCUUCGCCCUCGUACCAAGUGAAUGUGAAAAAGCUCAAGCUGCAAGGAGACGGCGAAGAUGCUAUGGCGGCGGUGCGGUUGAAGGACCAAAAAGCAGAAGCGGACGCAGCUUUGCAAAAGCUGCAAGAUCUUCUCCUUGAAGUCUUCGAAGCAGAAGAUCAAAUCGACCCCGACAGCUCGAAUCCUUCGACUGCUGACACAUCAAACCCUAUUUUCGUGAACCCGCAAUCAUUGGAAAUACAUGGAUUCCUGCUAUCUGACGAUGCUCACAUUCGCCUCCAGAAAGCCUUUCGGAAAGUUACAGGCUUUGACCGACUCCAUGACAUACCAUCCGACUUUCUCAACCGGGUCCAGAAAUUGUGUGAGAAACCAAUCAUUGCUGCACAGUCUCUGGGCCUCGGGUUGGGUGAUUCGUCCAAUGACCUCAAAUCUCAGGAAUGGCUGGGGAAAGUACAGGAUGUGUUGAAUGCACUUUAUGCAAUCGGAACCUUGCUGCAGACGAUGUCUGGACACCAGACGGAGCGGGAGCUUUGCCCCGAAGAUCUUAUCGAAGCAAUUCCAAACGUCCUCAAUCAAGUCUUCGAUCACUGCAUUAUUCCUGCCGUGGAGUCGCGUCCUGGCGGCAAGGACGCCCAGCACUUUCAAUUCUUCUCGAACCAGAAACGGAUCAUUGGAAGCCUGGUCCACCAGAGCAAGAAAGCCCUCACUCUUUUUGCAGACUUUUUGUCACGAAUUGAUGUUUCAGAGGGUACAAUUACGGCUGCUGAGUUCUUCGCCGCGAAGCUUAUCUUUGUGGAAAAUGCGCACAAUGACAAGGACUCUACUCUAGGUCACCAGAAGUACGAGCCUGCCAGACGUGGUGCAAUGGAUGUGCUUGCAAAAGUGUUUUCUAAAUACCCCGAGCAACGUCCGUUCAUUCUUGAUGAAAUCCUGGUCUCUCUGGAAAAACUUCCCACUACGCGCCAGAAUGCCCGACAAUUCAAAGUUGCGGAUGGCAAAAACAUCCAGCUUCUUACUGCACUAGUCUUGCAGCUCGUUCAAACAACCGCUUUGGAAACACCUUCUUCAUCACAAGCUAAGCGCAAAGUCAAGCCACGAGCCAAUGAUGAUGACGACGAGCUUAUGGGAGAUGGUGGGCAUGAGGAUGAGUCUGACGACGACAAGGAAGACGAAUCAUUGGAGCGCCUGGCAACCAAGGCAAACAGGCUCUAUGACAAUGCCAUGCGCUCAGCGCAAUACAUUGUCAACUUUAUUGUUCAGCGUGCUAUGAACUCAACAAAGACAGGUGAUCAGCCAUACCGGAACAUCCUCGAUCUUUUCACCCAAGACCUGAUCAGUGUACUCGGAUUGGCCGAUUGGCCGGCUGCGGAACUACUUCUCCGUAUUUUAGCAUUACGCAUGAUUCAAAUUACGGACCAGGACAAGAGCGCGGCGACAGCGAAGAGCAUGGCGCUGGAGCUUUUGGGCUGGAUGGGAUCUGCCAUCUCGGACUUGAUAGCAACCGCUCAGCAUAUGCUUCCGGCCCUGGAAGAUUCUGAGUCUGAGCUUACUGAUUACUUGAGGCAACAAUUCGAGGAGUUCUCAUCUGGCGCAUUGCAUCAGCAAGAUAUAAUCACUCCAACCGGACCUUAUAGGAUUGCGCUUGAGCACCUUUUGCAAGACAAAAAUUCAGACAAUUGGCAGCUGACAAGUGCGCGGGGCUACUACCUGGCUCAAUGGGCCAAGACUGCAUGUACGCUUUACUACAACGCUGAAGAUGACGAAGAGCUUGCACACGAUGAAAUGACUGACGAUCUGGUCGUUUUUUUGACACGCUCGUUCUCUGAUCCACGCUGGUUGGAGACACACCAAGAAUUCAACAGCAUUCCCAAUGUACAUGGGAAAUUUGCCUAUAUUCUGACGGUUUUGAACUCAAACUUCGGCAAAGCCUUUGACGCCAUCCUUAAAGUACUUUUGGCCUCUUUUCUAGGCGAUUCUGCCAAGGUUCGCAGCCGCAGUCUCAAAAGUGUCAUCUACAUGCUCGAAAAAGAUCCAAACCUACUGGACAGAGACCCAUCGGUUCUGCGCGUGAUUCAUCGGUGCACUACGGAUGCUUCGCCAAUGGUCCGAGAUUCUGCCCUACAAUUGAUUGGACAAUGCAUUGGGCUGAAGCCGAAGCUCGAGGAGGAAGGCUGUCGGAGUAUCUUGGCCUGUGCCGCUGAUCAAACGGCGGGUGUCCGCAAACGCUGCAUUGGCCUUUUGAAGGAUAUUUACCACAAAACAUCUCGGAAGGAGUUGAAGCUGGCCAUUCUCGAUGGCUUUCUUCAGCGCACAGGCGACCACGAAGAGAGUGUGGCAGCACUGGCUCGCCAAACAUUUGAAGAAAUUUGGCUUAUUCCGUUCCACAACUCCAUUGAUUCUACUUCUGACCCUAAACUUAAAAUGGCUCUUGAGGAGCAGGUCAUCCUUAUCGUUGGUUUGGCCGAGCGCAGCGAAACUGCCUUGGAUUCUCUCAGCAUUUGUCUCAAGGCUGUGCUUUCGGAAAAAUCCAAGUCCGCAUCAUUGAACUUCAAGGUUUGCAAGGCAAUGGUUGCUACUAUGUUCCAGAGGCUGGUCGAAGAUUCAGACGGCAGUAGCAAAGAGUUCCAGCAAGCUCUUUUGCAGACCAUCACUGUGUUCGCUAAGGCAAAUGCGAAAUUGUUCAGCCCAGAUCAAUUGGAGGCGCUGCACCCUUACAUCGGAAAUCUCUCUACGGCCGACGACCUUUUCAUAUUCCGCUCGGUUGUGGUUAUAUAUCGUUGUGUCCUACCCUGCGUAUCCUCGUCUCACAAUACGCUUCUCAAGGAGGUGCAGAAUGAUCUCUUCAAGAGCGUAGCCAAGCUUUCUCGCCCUGAAUUGAAUGAAGUCAUGGCUUGUUUGUGGACCAUCAACAGUGUUUUGCAAAACACCAACAGACUUGUCAAGCUGACAGUGUCAGUGCUGAAGCCAAUGCAGCAGUACAAGAGCAUGGACCUCUCAUCGACGGCACAUGCUGCGAUUCUGGCACGUGCCAAAAGUUAUAUUAGAAUUGCAGGAUGUGUUGGGCGGCAUUGCGACCUUGAGAAAUAUGCAUCUCAUUUCAAGAGCGAAUUUCCCACCUGGUCCGGUGGUUCAGUGGCGGGGCUGAUGGUGGAUUCUCUCAUCCCUUUUACUGACUCUAACCAACCUUUUGAGCUGAGGGUUAUGGCGCUUGAAAGUUUGGGGUCCAUAUGUCAGUCUUGGCCUGGCCAGUUUGGCCGACAACGCACGCGACAGACAUUCGCUCAAGCAUUCAAAGAGGAUGCUCCAAGUCUCCAAAACAUCGUCCUCCGAUCAUUUGCUGACUUUUUUGCUAUCCAUGAGGGCAAGUCUGAAAAGGCUGUCAUGCCAACUGCAGAGGCAGUGGGCCAUGAAGAUACCACCCGUCUGGGAGGGUCUUUGAGAGCUAGUGAUAAUGAUGGCGCUGCUGCUUUGAUCGCCCAGCACUUCCUCUCUAACAUGCUUCAGGUAGCGCAGUCGCGCCAAGAUACCUAUUCAUUGACUGCUAUUGAAUUGAUUGCGAGUAUCAAUCGGCAAGGUUUGGUGCAUCCCAAGGAAUGUGCUGGCGUUCUUGUCUCCCUGGAGACUUCCACUGUCCCGGCCAUUGCAAAGGUAGCAUUUGACACGCACAAGAUGCUUCACCAGCAAUAUGAAUCCAUGUUUGAACGGGAAUACAUGCGAGCUGUGCAAGAAGCAUUUCAUUACCAACGCGAUAUCGUUGGCGAUUCCAACGGUGCUAGUUAUCGGCCUUUCAUCUCGAAGCUUGCACCAUUAUUUGAGAUCGUCAAAAUCAGCAACAGCCGCUACCAAAAGAAAUUCCUGUCCAACCUUUGCUCCAAAGUCAAUUUUGAGUUGAAGAAACUGGAUACCGCUGGCGAUCCUCCAGAACACCUUCUACUUGCUCGUUUCAUUUCCCAGAAUCUGGCAUAUUUCGACUAUGGUCAACUGGCCGAACUAGUACCAACAAUUGCCUGCAUAGAACGCAUUGUGUCUUCCACUGGUACAAUUGUGGCACACGCGAUUGAGACAGAAAUAUCUCCUACUCCGAUUGGCGCACCUCAGCUAGAUGCUUCAAAUAGUAUGAUGCCGGAGUUUGCGCCUGAGAUGCCUCCAACAGUCAUGCCGCGACAAGCCAACCCUACAACCCUGAGAUUGCUUGCAACCGCAGCUGCAUCACUGUCCAUGCUUUGGGAAGCUCGGACUCACCUUCGACGCCUCUACGGGGUGAAUGCCCAGAGCAAGACCAAGGAGGGCAAACCUGCAGCGAAGGAGCUCAACAAAGCUGCCACCAAGGUCCACGGAGUGACUGGCGACAAAUUCUGGGAAGCUAUCGCCCGGAACAUGACAGCUCUAAGCAGUGAAGAAGUGAUGCACCAAAAGUGCCGCGAUUUUGCAACCUUGCUCUCCAUUGACGAAGAGUUCAGAGUGGAUGCAGACCAAGAUGUAGAAGGGGACAGUCUAGACGCUACCGCAGAUGUCGACGAGACCGUGGCUCCCCGAAACAUGAAGCGCAAGAGCUCUGUCUCCAGUUCAAACCUUAACAAACGAUCUAAGAGCCGGAAAAGUUCAUCCGGAAAGAAGAGAUCCAGUGCUGAACCGGACGAUGACCUGGAUUGGGACUGA